AUGGGUGCAUUUACCGGCACUCACUUCUUCACUCAUCUAUUUGGAUGCCUGCUAAUGACAAUUAAUCGAUAUACAGCUGCUUGCCAUCCGAACACUUAUUCAUUGUUGUGGAAACCGAAAAUCGUAAACUUGAUGCUCAUCAUUGAGAUUUUCAUUUCAUUUGUAGUGCAUACUCCACUAUUCCUUGUUAACUUUGAAUAUCAGUGGAUUGAUAACAAGUGGGUUCGCACGGGACGCUCUAGGCCUAUUCCGUAUGCUCGUGUGCAGAGCAACGUCGUCGUCAUUGUCUACGAAAUGGCAAGUGUUACUUUAAUCAUUCUAACUGUGAUUGGCAUUGCAAAGCUGAAGAAGCAAUUGUUAUGGAGAGAAAUGGUGAGCUUUGUUUGUUGGGGUUGUUAAGA